CUUAAAUUAGAAUGGAAAUGUGAGGUGACUGCUAAGGGCCGAUGUCAUUGGAUCUCACAGUUUGUGUUGCACGUGAAAGGCAUCAAGUAAUUUUGCGUGUUGCUGAAGACAAAGCAUUCAUUUAAACCAGUUUGAAUGUAACAUGUGACUUGCCGGCUUGUUUCAUCAACUGUGCAGUUCCGUCCAUGGGCGCUUUGUGAAAGGAUCAUAGCUUCUUCGCACCAGGUAGGCUGAAAAAUAUUUUUCGCUACGGUUUGAUCAUAAUUAAUGGCAAAGUAAUUCCUCUCUGAUAUAAUAUACGGCAAACAAAUUACAUCAAAUUUUAUACCCGCCACACCAAAUCUCUUUUUCAGUGCAUAUUUCAUGGUGAUCUUCUGAUAGCCAUACAUGUAACCAAACCUAUUCAGACGCUUCUCUCAGUAGAGAAAAAAAUGCUUCUGAAGUAUUUUUCCCAAUAUUUGAAGGGAACUAAAAUUAUAACCAAACCUCCUCAUGCGUUUUAUUCUUUAUUAAAUUACAUAGUGUAAGAGCAAAAUCUCGGCCCUUCGUUGAUCAGUGCGGUGUGUCAAGCUCUCCUAUUAUGUAACCGCUGGUGCUUAAACUCACCAAUCUUGACGAAACUGCCUGUUCUUGACAGCCGAAGCGGGUGUAUUUCUUUUUCGAGUCUCUCCAGUUUCAAACCGUCGUUUGAAACACUGUCUUUCGCCGCUUCCCGGCGAGGACUUCAAUAUUAGAUUGAGAAAAUGGGGCGCGAUGUUCAAUCACAAAUAUUGAUCGAGCACCGCUGCCGUCUGGCUCAAUGUGGCGUUGAAUAACUCAAGCAGAAAAUCAUCUAGGAAACCGAUCAUUUGGUCUUUGUCUUUGAAAGCGCUGGCAAGUGUUAUCAGUGAAAAAAUAAUAAUUUCAUCUUAAAAUCACAAUUCUAUCAAUUCUGAAAGGAGGCACAAUAUUUUGUUUUCACUUUAUGUGAAGUAUAUUUGUUUAACACGUUCCCCUCGGCUGAUAUUAAGUCAUGUCAGAUUUACGUCGUAAUCUAUAGUACCAACUGAGCAAUUCUCUCGGUAGUGGGUUUCGAGUACAAAGUUUUGCUUCGCCAUAUAAAUGGUAACAAAAAGCCACACACGCGCUUAAAAUUUGUCGCAUGCAAAUUUCUAUAUAUUUGAUUGUUUACUGUUCGCGACAGGUGUACCAAAUUUAGCCACAAAGAGAAUGUUUAGGAACAUUUUCAACUGAACGAUCGAGAGCUGGAUUUUAAAAUUCCGAGCAAAACCUUUAGAAUAUGGGUUAUAUCAAACCAAGAGCCCAUCAGGGCUCCUGAUCAAACUGAUAUGCAUUGAUUGAAGGGACGGGUCGUGUUGUAUAUCGAUUUAUACGCGUUUGCGUGCGCGGAAGGGUUUUGGGUGAGUGGGUUAGCCGCCCACUUGAAGGAGAACAGGUCGAGCGGAGGAAAUACAUUUGUUCAUUGAAGAUUCCCACCCAAAUAACAGUAUUCUGCAGAGCCAGAGCUGGCGUUUUUGAAUGGAAACUGAAAGUUACAUUGAUCGCCCAUCAACCCCUCCCUUAAAAUCCGUUUUUGACUCGCCCCAACUCUCUGGUAGUAUUAAGGUCCAAGAUGGCGGGAUAGCAUUAUUUCCGGAAAAAAAAUCAUGGAUAGCGCUGCAAAACACGCUUGCUUUGCAGGCUAAAAUAACAGAGAAAUACAUGUAAUGUAGUACGAAGUCAAAAAUGCUUUUUUUCCCUAUUUUCAAACCAGUCUUACCAAUUGUACGCCUGAGAAGCGGGCGCAAGAAAAAAAUGGCAAAAAGUUCUUCGUUCUUCUAAAGCCCCGUGCCAACGGACACAACAUUGUUGGCUGUUACAUGUUGCGUCCGUUUGCACACCCUGUUGCUUGUUGUUGCGUAUUGUUCGGCCUGCGUGGCAGACGCUUGGAAGUAGUGGGCACAAGAAAAAACGCGCGCGCGAGGGAGACACGCCUUCGCCCGUUCUCUCUUUCGCCCACUACUUCCAAGCGCCUGCUACACAGGCUACGUAUUGCUGGGAGUUGUUGCGCGCAGUUUGAAACAGGUCAAUCUUUUGAGCGAACAACUCCCAACAUUUCUUCUGUUCCGUGAUCGCCGAAGCGUAGCGCAACAAUGUUCGAUCCGUUUGCACAACUCUUCCAACAUUUGUUUCGGCGACGCACAUGCAUUACACAUAGUCUCGUUCCACACACAUAUGCUAGUUGACAGUGGGUUAUGACGUGUAUCAUUGACUUUGUGUGACAAUGUACCUUAAAUAUGAGUGAGGACAGCAUUAAGAGUACAGUAUGACAUUACAGUUGCAGUUUCGUUUAUUACGUUCAAAAUUAAGUUUCAGAAAGUUGCAUGAUCUUGAUUUAAAUGAAGCUAUUGAAAUUCAUUAUUUCAUCGCAUAAGUGUUCUAUUGUCGUCGUAAAAGUUUUGAGUACCUUAGUUCGCCGAAGUUUCAGCUGGAAGUUUCAGUGCGUGAAAUCGCGAAAAUUAAGUGACUUAUGUUCCAAAAUUUACGAAAAAUUGCCAAACUAAAGUGCCUCUAAAUAGGGAUUUUUUAAAGUCACUAAAUUAACGUGGCGCCAAAAUUUCAUGGAAUAUUAAGGUAGAUUGUAUCCUUCUUCCCAUGAUGCACUGCAGGUCCCAACAUUGUUGGGAGUUGUUGUAUCCGUUUGCACAUCACUGCCGACACGGACGCAACAUUUCCCAACACUACUGGCCCAACAUUGAUAGCCCAACGAUGCUAACUUGACUCUCCUCUAGAAGACAGUAAAUUUUAAUAGAGUUCAUUAUUCCUUGCCAUGUGGUUCCAAACCUAGACCCAGGGUUUUCCUGGUACGUUCAUACCAAUGAUCCCCUACUCAAUUUUUUUGACUCUUUUAAAUCUUCUUAACAAUGAAAUCCCAAUUCGACGAGUUCUUUGUAUAUGCCGUGAUUCGACACAUGGGGAGAGAGAUAAACACUAAGUCAAUCUGACCACGACCAACAUUUGUUCUUUCAAUCAAGUCGCGUGAGAGUUACACGCGCGCGCGCAAUCAACCACUUUGCAUACUUAUGGCGUAACAGAGGACGGUAGGCAAUUACACUCUGUCACUGGUUCUUGCCACAGCCAAUUGUUUAUCUCCAUGAACCUUACACAGGUAAGCUGGGCAGUGGCUAUCGGACAAAUAAGUUUCAUGAUCGAUCGCUCAAAGCCGCGUCUGAGUCUCUUUGAGAAAUCAGAAAUAACACGUGAGAAAAAAUUCUGGAAACUAAAACUACAGUCGACUCCCGAUAACUCGAACCUUCAAGGGAAAUCGAAAAAAGUUCUAGUUAUCGGGAGUUCGAAGCAAAUAACCGGAAGUAAGGAAAUAAGCAAAUGGAUGGGAAGGAAGGGCAAUUAAGUAACUAAGUAGACCAGAAUGGAUACUGAAUUUGAACUGGAGUGACAAAAAAGUAAAGACAAGGAAUUUACUCGGCUGUUUCGAAAUAAAUUCGAUGUUUCGGACUUCAGUACACGGCUUAUUUCCCGACUUGUCACGCGCUUAUAACAUGAUUCGAGUUAUCGAGGGUAAAAUUUUAUAGAAAUGAUCGGAGGGGAAACAAAAAUUACUUCGAGUUAGCGGAAGGUUCGAGUUGUCGAGGGUUCGAGUUACCGAGGAUAAAAUUAUAGUAAAUGUAAGAAGGAAAUCCAGGGGAAAUUGACAUUGGUUCGAGUUAGCGAGGGUUCGAGUUAUGGGGAAUCAACUAUAGUCUUACUCGGCUAAUUGGCAUGCAAAACACGGCAUAUUUGAAGCUACACCCUGUGGUUUUGCCAAAACUUAUCCGACUCCAAAAAUCCUUCAACGCUGUGGAAAAUGAGAGCAUCAGCUCUUGUCAACCAAAUGAAACACAGGUUUGCCCCUCUCGGUCGUCAUUCAUGUUGUUAUCGAUCCUUUCAAAAUUCCACCAGCAACACAAACAUAUUCGUGCAUAAAUGUGUUUAAUUCAGGAGCCCAUAAACACAGGUCCGGGGGGAGACUCCCUAGAAAAGUGUAGGGGAUGCUCGUUGACUCGCUCAGGGGUAAAAAUUGCAGAUUUUGGUCUCACCUAGGCCUGAGGCAAACGUCGAAUCUUUUAGUCGAACUUAAUUCGUCGAACCUAUUAAUUUUGAAAUAGGCGCAUAAAUGGUGCGACGUUUGCCGCAAUGAAGUUCGACUCAAAUUAAUUGGUUCGACUCCAGCAUAAGUUCGACUUGCCAAGUCGGAUAAUGUGAUAGUGCCAGUUCGGCGUUUCAGCAAACGUCGCUCUAAACACACGCUGAAUUCAAUUCAUAAAUCUUGCAAAUUACAAAAUAAUUGAUUCAAAUGUGAUGGACUGCGCAAGCGUCACAAAAAUACCGACUCCCCCAUCUGCCAGACGCUAUUUCCCCCCUGACGAGCAUGCGCUGUACCGGGACAAUUUCGCUUCCGGGAAUUGCGAGCAAGUCGAUACCAGGCUCUUCAGUGACGGUGUCUUUUUCAAUGGCGUUACGAAUGCGAUCCAGUAGAAACUUAAAUGUAGAUCUAGAUAUCCUGAACUCUUUAAACUGUUUCUCGCUGUCAGUGGUCCAUAGAUUAGCAUUGCGUUGGAAGCGGUGGCAAGACCGACUCAAGACCGCUGCUCCAUUGUUGUUCGCUAACAAAAGCACGGUCAAGCAUGCCACUUGGAGCAAUAGCUGUCUUCUCUGAUACCCUGUACUCAGACUCGGCUGUAUGUAAUGCGAGUCUUCUCUUUCUAUUUUUCGCAAUCAAUUGCCAAAAAAAGGCCCGACGAGCACUGUAUUUCGCCAUUUCUCCGGCCAGUCCUAGAGGUAACUAGCCGCGCAUCGAGUGAAUAGCACGGGAACACGUUCUUAUUCCCGUGUUUUAAUGAAGUGCAACUUGUGAAAUAGGAUCGACGCAUCUUCGACGUUUGUUACCGCGAUGGAAUUAAGUCGACUCUUUGUCGAACCUAUUUUUAAUUUGUUCGACGCGACUUAGAUUCGACGUUUGCCCCAGGCCUUAAGGUGUUAAGGAAGGAACUUUCUUCCCAUAAAGCUAUCUAUCAAUUAGGGUUGUUCGCAAAGAAAAAUCUUUAUAAAAAGAUACAAGCGCCGUCAUAGUGUGCUGUAGUAUGGUCUCAUAAAACCUGAACCACGCCCAGAUCGGAGUGGCUUCAUUCUGAUUUUCCGAUGGGCAUUUCCGUCUCUCUAAUUUGACGGUCUCCCCCUUUCUUCAGGACACAGGGUGUACGGGCCUACCCGGUCCCCCUAUUCAUCAUACAGCCAUGAAAUGCUGCCUCCUCCAAUGGCAUUCCCAAGACUAAGCGGAGAAGCACGGAUCAAGGGAAGGGUGGGAUAUAAGCGACUGGGAUCGACGCAGAAAAAGUGGACUACUGUCGUAUUCCUCUUAUGUGAUAUUGAAUACGUGCACGUGCAGUCACAUGAUUUUUUUCCUUAACAAACACCAUAUCAUGAAAGGUCAUUAAUCACAUUAGGUUUGAGCCAUUUAUAUCCUGUUAAAUGCCAUUGUUUAAUUACAUCCGGUAGGGUCAAAAGCACGGUUCUUUUUCUGUGCUAGUGUGGCCAUUGACAGGCGUACAGACAAUAGAAAGAACCGAACUAACAUUGACAGCAAGGACUGUGCGUGGGGAUCGCUUUGAAAAGACCUUUUUGUAGCUGAGACAGGUAAAAUUAAUGUGACUAAGCCAAUUUGAAAUUCAUACUUUGCUUCCAGGUUUUGGGGAAUAAAAUAACAGAAAUGUAUACUUCAUCUCUACAUUUCAACUCAGUUGACGUCUCUUAUUUUAUUCCCCGCACGACUCGAAGCGAAGUACUGUAUUCAUAAUAAUAUAUUUAAACUGGUCUACAGUCAACUCUCUUUAAGACGGUCGACACCUUUGGCACCAGCGUUAUGUGUCCAUCUUGUAGAGGUGUCCAUCUUAGCGAGGUGUCCGUUGCGAGAGAGUUAACUGUAUAGACCUUGUCACGGUUUUUGACGAGUAGGCAAACGCGUGAGAAAUUACAGCCGUUUGUAUAUGAGAAUCUAAUGUCGAAAAAUUUCCGUAAAACGGCUGGUUUAAAAAAAAUAUGAAUUGUAAACUAAAGCUUCACUCUUAAGUAUUCUACUGAAAAAAUUUGAGGGCAUUACAUGCGCUAGAAGACCUAGAACCUUCUUUAAAAAUUUUCUAUACAUUUGUCUGUAAAAAUUUCCCGGGAAAAAUUGCAGACAAAUAUAUGUAAAAUCUAAAGCAAGCUUCUGGAGAAAUUGAAGCACAGUAACGGCCCCGAAAAUUUGUCAGUAAAAUCCUUUGCUGUGUAGCUUUAGUUUACAAUUCAUAUUUUUUUCCAGAACAGCCGUUUUACGGAAAUUAUUCGACACUAGAUUCUCAUAUAAACACUGUAAUUUCUCACGCGUUUGCCUACUCGUCAAGAUGGCGUCGAAAACCGUGACAAGGUCUAUUCCUUCAAUGCUUGUUUCAGUACCGAGGCAAAAUAGAACGAAACACGGAUGCACCUACGGACAAAAACAAACCUUCUCGAACAUUUUUCAUAAACAGAUAAUGUUUCUGUAGGAAACUACUGUAAACUGAUAUCAUUUUACAAAAGCAACAGACUGCGGGAAUGUUUCUACAGGAGUCCAUUGACAUUUCAUGCGGGUAAAAAAACCGAAAGAACGAAAUGAAUUACCAAAGAAUGAUGCAUCGAAUAAUGCUUGAGUCAUACACGUUGCCAUCUCGUCGGAGCUGUUCUGGGAUAUUCACACAACAUCACUCAACAAAAAUACCGGAAAACACUCAAGGUGUUUGAGCCCACAAGAAUGAACAACUCAACCACAGCUAUUCACUGAAACCGCUGGUCACUGCGGUUCAGGUAUAUGUGAUUCAGGGUACAAAUACAGCAAAUAGGAUGCAUGAAUCAGCCAUUUGAUGAGUGCCAUCACGGCUGCCCUGGCGUUUUUAUGACACGGGUACAUGGAAGCUGCUCGUGCCGGUUUUGGAUCCUGAUCAGUCUCGCAGUACUUUUACUUAACCUGACACUGCGGGACGUACACGCAGACUGCGAGCAGUCUCUUAUUUUUCUUUGCAAAGCCACUCCACGCGUAAACCAUGCACGCGAACGGCGAUUCCCUUAAGUCGUUGUUUAUAAUCGCGCUGGCUGGGGUAAGAAAUGGACGGAUUUUAAGAGAAAAGGAAGGCUGCAGCAGUGUACCACCGACCGUACAAAUCUCUGGCAGUGAUCACUCCUCGGCCGAGUUGUUCAAAGCUGGGUUAAGAUAACCCAGGGUUAAUGCGAGAUUUGAAUUCAGAUUUGAAAGCUUAAAAAGCAUUUCAGUUUUAAUUGUUUUUGUCUACAAGUUGAUGAUUGGAAGCACUAAAAGUGUCAGAGAAAAUUAUCCGAGAAAAUGCUUUUGAACACAAGAAAAAGAAACCAAGGUUAAAUUUAACGCCGGGUUAAGCGCUAAUCGGCCUUCGAUCAACUGGGCCCUGGUGUACUAUUUAAGGCAAUGACCUGGGUCGGUGUCGUGUUGAAUUACACUAUUGGCCUGUUUUGAGGAUAUAAAUUUUAACCCAUGCAGUUUCCUGCACAACCCGGUAACAGCCAGUAGGAGCUGUAGGGCCCCUGGACAGGGUCCCCGAACAGUCCCUUGUUGCAAUUCGGCACAAUACCGACCCAGUCCCACAGUCAGCUUCAAAAUAACCAAUCCCUGAUCUUCCGUGAGUAUUCUAGGGGAGCCUACCAUUUACACGAACCGCCUGGGUGGAGAUCUUAUGCAUAGACACAACUAUAGAAUUUGACGUAGAGAGAGAACGACCUGCUACAAAAUCUAUCCAAAUAUGCUGAACAUACUAAAAAGAGUAGAAAAAUUGCGUCUCAUCAAAGGCGUUUGGAGGGGAAUUGAAGAGAAAGGGAGUUUUAGGUGAGAAAGAAAAGCGAGGGCCGGGACUCUCUCUCUCCUCGCGUGCCCCUCGCGUUUCUCUCGCGCCUAAAACUUCCUUUCCCUUCCCUUUCAAACGUCUGCCACGCAGGCUAUAUUUUCUGCAGCUUCCCAAAAGGAUGAAUGGCGCGAAGCGUUUGAUUUUCUAACCUGAUUUCCUGAGUAAAUCGUAAGGACCUCUAAUCUUAUGUAGAGAUAACCUCUUGCUCCAUCGUCGGGGUGCCUUGACUGUACUUGUAAACAGACUUUUAAUAAGAAUGUGAACGUUUCUUUUACUUACAGGUGUUAUUAGCUCAAGAAUAUGAGGACACCUUCAGAGGCCAACUCAGGUGGGAGCCAGGCUCAUCACUCAGCUUCCAGUGGUGUGGGUCCCAAUCGCACCAUGGAGUCUGAAACACAGAAUGGUCACGUGGGUGUGCUCGAUUCAGAGAAAUCACGUGUCACCAGAAGAAAACCAGACGAAAACCAGACAAAAAUUGCCUCUUCCCCUAAGAUCGUCAGAAGUCAAAACGAUAUAAUUAAUUUGUCACCAGGCCUACCUGGUGUCAGCGUUGCUAUUUUAGGAUCCGUCAUGUUGCUUUGGCCACCGGUGUGCGUUGCGUUCUUUUGGCUGUCCUGUCACUCUUAUCAGUGCUCGUUAGGAAGUCUGGGAAAGGUGGUCCUCGGCAAGGUAUCCGACGGAACUAUUAUCACUUUCUGUAGGCAGGUCUUCCCAGCGGUAAGCAGCGAAGCAAUCAUUUUGUACAUGGCUUGGAUGAUACUGCAGGUGAUUUUAUUCAUUGCGCUGCCCGGCCGCAUCAGAAGAGGCACUGCCACGCCAGCCGGGAAUGUGCUUAGUUACAAGUGUAAUGGUAUUAGUGCUUGGGUGGUGUCACACCUUUUGUUUCUCAUCUUGGUGAAGAAGGGCUUCAUUAAUGCCACCAUCAUCAGCGACAACUGGGGAGCCCUGAUGGUCAUCAGCAACGUGUUCGGAUUCGGCCUGGCCAUGUUCGCUUAUGUGAAGGCGUACUCUUUUCCGAGUCAUCCCGAGGACCGUUGCUUCAGUGGAUCGGCCUUUUACGAUUUUUUCAUGGGCAUUGAGCAUAACCCGAGAAUCGGUUCUUUUGAUUUCAAACUGUUUUUCAACGGACGGCCAGGAAUAGUCGCUUGGACUCUGAUUAACCUGUCCUUCGCCGCCAAGCAAUACAAUGACUUCGGCUAUGUCACCAAUUCCAUGAUCCUGCUCAACAUUCUGCACGGAACCUACGUCGUAGACUUCUUCCUCAACGAAUCUUGGUACCUGCGCACAAUAGACAUCGCUCACGAUCACUUUGGUUUUUACUUAGCCUGGGGCGACACUGUCUGGCUCCCUUUCAUGUACACCCUCCAAAGUGUCUACUUGGCCCGGCAACCUGUAAGCCUGCCCUGGUGGGGCUGCGUUGGCACGUUUCUUCUGGGUCUGACCGGAUAUUUUAUUUUCCGUUCAGUCAAUCACCAGAAAGAUUACUUCCGGGUUGAGAUGAAGGCGAAUGGCAAGUGUACAAUCUGGGGGAAGCCAGCGCAGUACAUCAGGGCAUCCUAUCAAACCACGGACGCCGAGCAAAAGAUGUCUUACCUACUCGCUUCUGGCUGGUGGGGACUGUCACGCCAUUUCAAUUACGUCGGUGACCUGAUGAACGCGCUGUCGUACUGCUUGGCGUGUGGCACUGGUCACAUUUUACCGUAUUUCUACUUCCUCUUCAUGUUCAUCCUUUUGAUCCACCGCUCGUUCCGCGACGAUGUCAGGUGCAGGCAGAAGUAUGGAGCGUACUGGGACAAGUACUGCCAGCUCGUACCAUAUAGAAUCAUUCCUUUUGUGUUUUAAAGAACACUGUUCAUGUAUAAACGUAAAC